AUGGCUGAUUCCUCUACUUCUAAGUCUAUAAUAAGUAGCAGUGAGUUUGCUUUUCCUAGAGGAGGUUCAUCUGCAUUAACUCCUUUGGAAGUUAAAGAAAUUUCCAAUGAAGUAACUAGAGAUGUUCUUUUUGAAGCAAAGAAAAGAGCAGCUUCUGAAACUUCUGAACAACCAAGUAAGAAACAUAAGAAACAAUCGAAGAAGAAGUCAACUAAAGCAAGAGAAACAGAAGAAGAUGAAGAAGCAAUAGUUCAAAUUGAAAAUGUUAGUUUUAAAAAUUUAAUACCAGGUACUUUUAUUUUAGGACAAAUUAAAAAUAUUGGGAAACUUGAUCUUACUUUAGAACUUGGAGAUAAUUUGGUUGGUUAUGUUCCUAUAACUUCUAUAAAUCCUUAUAUCACUCAGAUUAUUGAAAAGUACGAAGAAUCAUCUGACGAAGAAGAAGAAGAGUCAGAAGAUGAUGAAGAUAUGGAUGACGUAACAGUUGCAACAACUAAACCCAAAAAGGCUAAACAAGAAUUCCCAGAUUUACAAUCUUUAUUCCAAAUUGGGUCAUGGUUAAAGACUAAAGUAGUCAACUCUAAAGAUUCGAAAAAAAGGAGAAUCGAAUUAAAUAUAGAACCAGAUGAAGUAAAUGAAUCAAUGGAACCAGAAGAUUUAUUACCAGGUAAUUUGUUGCAAGUUUCAGUUACAUCCGUUGAAGAUCAUGGUAUUAUUUUAGAUAUUGGUAAAGCAGUAAUAUCAGGUUUCAUGUCCAAUAAAGAAAUUAAGAAUGCUAAAUUAGAAUUAGAAAAUAUUCAUGAAGGUAGUGUUCUUUUAGCUUCCAUUAUUUCUAAACCAUCUGGUAGAACAAUUACUUUAAGACCUGCCAAUUCUAACUCCAAUCCUAAAAAGGCAACCGUUACUUCAAUUUCUUCAGUUGAUGCUAUACAACCUGGGAUUAUAGUCGAUGCUUUAGUUUCUGAUAUAAACAAAAACGGAUUGGUUGCAAAAGUAUUUGGUUUAGUCGAUGCUACCAUCAACAUGGCUCACUUACAAGAAUUCAACUUCCAAUCAUUGAAACAUAAAUAUACCAUUGGUAACAACGUCAAAGCAAGAGUGUUGGCUGUAUUAUUAAAAUCUGGUACUAAGAAACUCAUGUUAUCUGUCUUACCAAAUGUUAUGCAAUUAGGAGAUGAUACUGCUGCAAAGGAAGCACUUGAAGCAUUCCCAAUUGGACAUAAAUUCGAAGAAGUUUCUAUCGUUGGUGCUGAUUCUAAUUAUUUAUUUGUCAAGUUUGGUUCUUCUCAACUUUUUGGUCAAGUUCAUAAUUCUAAAAUCGAUGAAGAUAAAUCAUUGGAUGAUUAUCCUAUUGGAUCAAAACAUAAAGCAAGAGUUCUUGGUUUUAAUGCAAUUGAUAAUUUACUUGUCAUGAGUUUGGAUUCUAAGGUUGUGAAUGCCGAAUAUUUGAGAUCUAAAGAUAUCCCAGUUGGUACUUUAUUAACUGGAUGUGAAAUUUUGAAAGUCCAUCCAGAAUCUGGUGGUAUUGACAUCAAAAUCUUGGAUGAAUUUAAUGCAUUUGUUCCAGGUAAUCAAAUGUCUGAUAUUAAACUUGUUUAUCCAGAAAGAAAAUUCAGAAUUGGAUCUAAAGUUAAAGGUAGAGUUAUCGGACAUCAAGGUAAUAAAGUUUUGGUUACAUUAAGAAAGGCAUUAGUCAACCUUGAAGAGGAUGAAGUAUUAUCCAAAUUCGAAGAUGCCACGAUUGGUUUCAAGACUCAUGCAACUGUGGAAAAGUUUGUUCAUGGUGGUGCUAUUGUAUCCUUUUUUGGAAAUUUAAAAGCUUACUUACCAAAGAAUGAAAUCUCUGAAACUUUUGUUGAAAAUGCAAGUGAUCAUCUUAGACUCGGUCAAAUUGUUAAUACUAGGAUUAUGGACAUUAAUGAAGAACAGAAGCGUUUGGUUGUUACUUUGAAACAAUCUACUGAUUUAUCAAGUUCUCAAAAAUCAGCUAUUUCUGACUUAAAACCAGGUUCAUCUAUUGUCAAUGCUAUUAUUGUUGAAAAAACCAAGGAUUCCGUAUUGGUUGAAUUAGAAGGUACUAAUCUUAGAGGUGUUAUAUAUUCCGGACAAUUAUCUGAUGCUAAUUAUGAACAAAAUAGAGCAUUAGCAAAGAAAUUAGAAAUUGGAACAAAAUUAGAAGUUCUUAUAUUAGAAAAAGAUUUCAAAGCCAGAACCGUUAUUGCUACGGCUAAGAAGUCAUUAAUUGAUGCAGCCAAACAAGGUGCUAUCCCACUUAGUUUCCAAGAUAUCAGAGUUGACGAUAAGAUGUUGAGAGGGUAUAUUAAAUCUGUCACUAAUUUUGGUUUAUUUGUUUCAUUUGCUGGUAAAUUGACUGGAUUAGUAUUAGCUAAAUAUGCCACUGAAAAUCCUAACGAAGAUUUAUCCAAGAAAUUCUAUAAACAUCAAUCAGUCGCUUGUCGUGUUAUUAGAAUCGAUGAAGAAAAUAAGAGAUUCUUAUUAUCCUUAACCGGAUCAGAUAAUGCCGAAGCUGAAGAAUUAGUUAAUCCUGUUGAUAAGACCAAAAAGAUGAUUUCUGAUUAUGUUCCAGGUAUUAUCACCAAGGCAACUAUUAAAGCUAUCAAGGGUACUCAAUUGAAUGUUCAACUUGCUGAUAAUUUACAAGGUAGAAUCGAUGUUACACAGUGUUUCAAUUCUUGGGAAGAAAUCAAAGAUCAUCAUCAACCACUUUCUCAAUUCACUAAAGGUGAUACACUUUCAGUUAAAGUAAUUGGAUUCCAUGAUGCUAAGAAUCAUAAAUUCUUACCUAUUACUCAUCGUAAAUCAAACAAGAACACCAUUUUAGAAUUAUCAAUCCUUGAAAAAGAAUUAAAAUCAGAUCAACCAUUCAACGACCUCAAGAUGUCCGAAAUCAAAACCGGUGAUAAAUUCAUGGCAUUCGUCAACAACAUCUCCAAAGGAUUCGUCUGGGUUUCAAUCACUCCAAGUAUCAAAGGUCAUGUUUCAUUCAUGGAAUUAACCGAUGAUGUUUCAAUUUUUAAUGAUAUCGAAAAUAAAUUACCUGUCGGUACUGCACUUCAAGUCAAAGUCAAAGAAAAUGAUAAUGAACAUCAUACAUUAAUCUUAACCGCCACUUCCAAAUCGAUUAAUUCAAUCCAAGAUAUUAAAAUUGGGGAAAAAUACCCGGGGAGAGUGGUUAAAGUCAAAGAAUCAUUCGUAUUGGUAGAAUUAGGUAAGAAUGUCGUUGCUUCUUCAUUCAUCACUGAUGCAUUGAAUGAUUAUUCUGAGAAAUUAGAUCAUGUAUUCCAAGUCAAUAGUUAUGUCGUUGCUACUGUAUUAGAUAUCGAUCUUGAAGAAAACAAGAUUGCCGUUUCUUUAAGAAAUGAAAAUGCGGUUGAUAAAUUGAUUAAUUCCGUUGAAGAUUUAUCUCGUGGAGAUAUUGUUAAAGGAUUCAUCAAAAACAUCGCCAAUAAUGGUGUUUAUGUCGCUUUGGGAAGAUCAAUCCACGCGUUGGUCAGAAUUUCCGAUCUUUCUGAUUCUUAUUUAAAAGACUGGAAGAAAUAUUUCAAACCACAUCAAUUAGUCACCGGGAAGAUCAGUGCAUGUAAAGAAGAAGGAAGGGUUUUGAUGACCUUAAAGGAAAGUGAAGUUAAUGGGGAUUUGAAUGUCUUGAAAAGAUUUGAUGAUUUGGAAGUUGGACAAAUCUUUGAAGGUUCAGUUAAACGUGCUACUGAAUUUGGUGUGUUUGUUCAAUUGGAUGGAACUCUUAAUAUUAGCGGAUUAUGUCAUCGUUCUGAAAUUGCCGAGAAUAAAGUCGAGAAUGCUUCUAGUUUGUUUGGUGAAGGUGAUAGGGUUAAAGUGAGAAUUUUGAAGAUUGAUCCUGCUAAACAACAAUUAUCAUUAGGUAUGAAGGCUUCAUACUUUGGAGUUGAAGCUGAAGACGAAGAAGACGAAGAUGUUGAAAUGAAAGAAUCUGAUGAUGAAGCUGAAGUGGAUGAAGAAGAUGCUGAAGAAAGUGAAGAUGAAGAAGAUAUCGAUAUGGAUUCUGCUGAAGAAGGUGAAAGCGAAGAAGAAAGUGAAGAUGAAGACGAAGAAGAUGAAGAUGAAGACGAACAAGACAAACCCGAAUCUGCAUUCACUGGAUUAUCCACUAAUGGUUUCGACUGGACUGCCUCCAUCUUAGAUCAAGCUGAAGAUAACGAAUCUUCAAGUGAUGAAGAAGAUUUCACUCAAGAAAAGAAGAGAAAGAAGAAAUCCAAACAUGCCGUUGAAGACAAGACUGGUGAUUUAAACACUAGAGCUCCACAAUCGGUUGCCGAUUUUGAACGUUUAUUAAUCGGUAAUCCAAAUUCAUCAAUCAUGUGGAUGAAUUAUAUGUCAUUCCAAUUGCAAUUGAGUGAAGUUGAAAAAGCCCGUGAAAUUGGUGAAAGAGCCUUGAAAACCAUUAAUUAUCGUGAAGAACAAGAAAAGAUGAAUAUUUGGAUUGCAUUACUUAAUUUGGAAAACACUUUUGGUAGUGAUGAAUCUUUGGAAGCUACUUUCAAAAGAUCUUGUCAAUAUAUGGAUUCAUUCAUUAUGCAUCAAAAAUUGGUUAGUAUUUAUACCAUGUCUGAAAAAUUCGAUCAAGCCGAAGAAUUAUAUAAGAGUAUGGGUAAGAAGUUUGGUAAACAUGUUUCCACUUGGGUUCAGUAUGGUUCAUUCUUAUUAGAUCGUGAAAUGCAUGAAGAAACUCAUAAAGUCUUAGUUAAAGCUUUACAAAUCUUACCUAAAAGAGAACAUAUUGAAGUUGUUAGAAAAUUUGCUCAAUUGGAAUUUACCAAGGGGGAUGCAGAACAAGGUAGAUCAUUAUUUGAAGGUUUGGUUUCUGAUGCACCAAAGAGAAUUGAUUUAUGGAAUGUUUAUAUUGAUCAAGAAAUUAAACAAGAUGAAAAGAAGAAGGUUGAAGAUUUGUUUGAAAGAGUUUUGAGUAAGAAAUUAUCCCGUAAACAAGCUAAAUUCUUCUUUAAGAAGUGGCUCUUGUUUGAAGAAGAAAAGGGAGAUGAACAAAUGUCAGCUCGUGUUAAGUCUAAGGCAGCUGAAUAUGUUCAAAAUUCUAGUAAGGAAGAUUAA